AACAACAAAGGGACGUGGAAAACUCGCAUCAGGACCACAAGCGGAUAACUCAACCCAGACAUAUCCCACAGCACAAAAGCGGGCGGGGGGUUUGCAAAUAGGAGCAUGUCGACGGGUUUUGCAAUAUGCAGCAGUCUUCGUGUAAUUACAUUCCUCCCGGCGUCUCUCGGCUACAACAGUCGGGAGUAUUUUUCUUCUGUCAGCUCUUGCAGGUCUACACUAAACACGAGGCAAAGCCGAAAAUUUGAGGACUUUCAGUUUAAUGGGGAGAAGUGAAAGAGUGAACUGAAGGGAAAAGGAGCAGUUGGGUGGUGUGAUCUGGAAGCGGACGUCGAGAGGACAGGGGUCUGAGCUGAUUUGCAGAGGCGCGUGUCUAAAAGGGCCCUCUCCAUGGAUAUAGAUACAGACUAUGAGCGGCCCAAUGUGGAAACCAUUAAAUGUGUGGUGGUAGGGGAUAAUGCAGUAGGCAAGACCAGGUUAAUCUGUGCCCGGGCCUGCAAUGCCACACUCACACAGUAUCAGCUGCUUGCCACCCACGUGCCAACCGUUUGGGCCAUCGACCAGUACCGUGUAUGCCAAGAGGUGCUGGAGAGAUCUCGUGAUGUAGUUGAUGAGGUCAGUGUGUCCCUAAGGCUAUGGGACACAUUUGGAGAUCAUCACAAAGACAGGCGAUUUGCCUAUGGCAGGUCUGACGUAGUGGUGCUUUGCUUCUCCCUGGCUAAUCCCAAUUCCCUGCGCCACGUUCGCACCAUGUGGUUCCCGGAGAUCAAGCACUUUUGUCCCCGAACACCCAUCAUCCUGGUUGGCUGCCAGCUGGAUCUGCGCUAUGCUGACCUGGAUGCAGUUAACCGUGCACGACGGCCACUAGCAAAGCCCAUCAAACCUACAGAUAUUCUUCCUCCAGAGAGAGGCCAUGAAGUGGCAAAGGAACUUGGUAUUCCCUACUAUGAGACCAGCAUUGUUGCCCAAUUCGGAGUCAAAGAUGUUUUUGACAAUGCCAUCCGUGCUGCCCUUAUUUCCCGCCGACAUCUGCAGUUUUGGAAGUCCCACCUGAAAAAGGUCCAAAGACCUCUUCUCCAGGCACCUUUCCUGCCUCCACGCCCACCACGACCCAUAGUGGGCAUCCCAGACCCCCCACUGACAGAUGGUGAGGGCCCCGAUUCCCUUUUCUGUCAGCCUCUGUGUGCCGAUGUUCUUUUCCUUCUACAGGGUGGCUCUACUCGUGUCUUUGCGCACAAAGUCUAUCUGGCUACAUCCUGCUCCAAAUUCUAUGACCUCUUCACCCUUGAUCUUGGUGGGUCAUUUGUGGGGCUACAGGAGGAGGAACAGGAGAGUAAGGAAAAUCUUGAAAGUGGGGAGGAAGAUGAACAGAACAGGAGAGGAGCCAAGGAGCAAGCUGGGCGCACCAAGAGCCUGGACAUUGAUAAAGAUGGGGUAGGAGAGGGCGUGAGGGGCCCGAAUCGACCCCAGCUGCUCCAGCAGUGCUCUUUGAGGACUUCCCAGAGUGAUAAUGCACUUCCUUCUCGUGCCCAGUUCUUCCUGGGAGCACUAGGGACUGGUCGAGCACUUUCGGGAUGGGGAAGGGGUUUCCUGAGUGUGUGUUUGGAGCAUGUUGAUGAUCCCAUGACUGGACGGCCACGACUCAUGACUGUGGUAGCCAUGGAUGUACUCAUACAAGAGGAACCAUUCAAGGCGGUGCUUCAGUACUUAUACACAGGUAGUCUGGAUGAGGGCCGAGGUGAUCUGAUGCAGGUGGCCACCAUCGCUGAGCUGCUCGAGGUGUUUGACCUGCGAAUGAUGGUCGCCAAUGUUCUGAACAGAGAAAGCUUCAUGAACCAGGAAAUCACCAAAGCCUUCCAUGUCCGCAGAGCCAACCGCAUCAAAGAGUGCCUCAAUAAAGGGACAUUUGCUGAUGUGGUGUUCCGAAUGGAUGAUGGCUGCCUCCCGGCCCACAAGCCCCUGCUCAUCUCCAGCUGCGACUGGAUGGCUGCCAUGUUCCGUGGCUCUUUCAUGGAAAGUUACAUUGAGGAGGUAUCCAUUCCUAACACCACUACGGCCAGUAUGCGUGGGGUGCUUGAGUUCCUGUAUUGCGGCCUCCUGACUCCCUGCCCUGGUCUGGAGCCCAUGGAACUGAUUGUUCUGGCCAACUGUCUCUGUUUGCCACGCCUUGUCGCCCUCACUGAGCAGCACGCUGUGGAUGAGCUCCUCCAGGUGGCGGUCAAAGGAGUGGACAUUGAUGGGCAGGUGUUGGCUUACCUUGAGCUUGCACAGUUCCACAAUGCCAAACAACUGUCAGCAUGGUGUCUCCAUCACAUCUGCACUAAUUAUAACAGCAUCUGCCGCAAGUUUCCCAAAGACAUGAAGGCCAUGUCUCCAGAAAACCAGAAGCACUUUGAGAAGCAGCGCUGGCCCCCUGUGUGGUUCUUGAAGGAGGAAGAUCGCUAUCUGCGCUCUCGGAAGGAGCGUGAGCGCGAGGAAGAGAUCCUGCGCAAGCAACACACCAAACGGGGCUGGUGUUUCUGGAGGCACCCGUCUUCAUCUCCACACGUCUCCUGAAGGGUUUCCUCCACUAACUUUUUCAUCCAGGCCUGGAUGAUUGUGGAAAGCUAACCCACUCCUGUACGAAUAUAGAGGAGGAUGACUCUGAAACCUCUAUCAGUGGUGAAAUAACACCUAAUAUGCCUGAAUGUCUGCAUGCUUGGGGGAAUGUAUGUGCCUCUUUAUACCGUAAUUGUGGGUGACCACGAGUGCAUUUUGGUAUGUCAUGUGACAGAUGUGAACCCAAAUGAAUGGUAUGAGUAUGGAUGUGUGAGUAUGUGUGUAGGAUAUUAUGAUUGAGUGAUGCUUCCAAGCUGAGUGCUUCCCAGAUGCCCUGAUCUAUAAAGGCCUGUGGCGGUGCAGUGCAACCCUUUGUCCCCUCCAUAAAUGCUCUGUCCCUCCAUCAGCACUCACAGUGUCUCAGCCUUUGAGUGAUUAGACUGGGACUAAGGGCUCUCUUUCUCUCUCAGUCUCCAUCCUUCACAUUGACCUUAAUGACUAUUACACAUUGACCACUGCAGCGCCCCUUGGGGUGGGGUGGGGGGGAUGCUUACCUCUGCCUUCACUUCUACACAGACUGUUAUCUUGCACUCACAGAUCCAUGGCAGUGAUCCACGCUUCAAAAAAACCAGCACUGGAUUGCCAGGAACUGAAACUAUCAGUGUAAUUAUAAUUGUUCAAUAUUAUUUAACCUCUUUACGCAUUUUAAUGUGCAUUCUAAGACACUGUUAUCAGGGGAAAUAGUAAACACUACUCCAAGGAAAUGAAUGAUUGCCUUUGCAAGUCCAUAUAUGAAAAAUGCAAGGGUAACCUUAAAACAUUUAGCAACUCAAAUCUCUGUGAUCAAGCUUCCUGCUAAGAGAUUUGAUUGCAGAAAUUUGCCUCUAUUAUAGUCUUUUUUUAAUCAUCAAAUGGCACCUUCCACCCUUUUCUUCUACACUAGCAAAAAAAAAAAAAAAAGAAAAGAAAAAAAAAGCUAAACACAAGCUGUCCUUGAUUAGUUGGUUUCGUCAACCUGCUUUUCAUAAAUCCUCAUAUAGCCACUCUACAGCAAUGAUGGGCGUAAAGAGGGCUAGCCUUACUUGAUACCUCUGCCACAGAGGAACGAUGGAUACAGUGUUAAACGUCCACGAUCACAAGGUUGCAUUAAAGCACCUAAGCCAGCCUGCCUUUACACCCCUACACCACUAGGGGCAGCACUGCUCAGGGCCCUGGCAUUAACCUAGCAGGUUUUUUUUCUUUUUAUGCCUGUUUCUUUACCUAGUUUUAGUUAUAGAGAUCGUCAGUAUAACUUCAAUUCUUGGAAAGUGUUCAAAAAAGCUAAAGCACAUUCACCAUGUUAUUGGUUUUCACCUGAUUACCAAAGUACCAAAGCUGUCGUUCUUCCUCACCCUCUUCACUUUUGCUUGUCCUGUUUUUCUAUUUUUUUUACUAGAAGAGGGGUGUGACUUUUGACAGUGGCAGUGGAAGAUGAUAUAUGAAUCCGACAUGAUUGGGGGGGGGGGGGGGUUGGGGGGGGUCACUUUUGAUUUUUGGUGUCAGGAAAAAAGCUUCACUGCACAAAAUUGCCUUCCAUUUUUGUUGCUGGAAUUGAAAUUGGUGCUUAAAAAACCAACAUUAAUGUCCACUUUAUGUUGAGGCUUCAUGCAUCUCUAGUUGUUUAGUGUCUAUCUGCAAAGAACAUUCAUUUCUUCAUUUCUUCUCCAUUUACUAGCACUUUCUAAAAGGUCAUAACUCAUUGAAGAGCCCGUAGGUUUCUGAUAUUACAAAUAAGCCAGUGAGGGUUGUAAUUACUUUUAUAUUCAGAAAAAGUGUGAUAUGUUUUGCUUUCAUUCUAACCACAAAAUUGAGAUUAAAUAGAAAUUCAAGUUAUGAUUUUUGUUUCAAACAGCAGGCGGUUUAAGGAGACUGAUUUUCUUGUUAAGGGUGCUAAUUUCUUUUGCUGAAUGUGGGGGGAGAAAAAACAAAGAAAAAAAAAAAGAAAAAGAUCUUGUGGUGAGUUUCUAUUAGCACGUUGCUCUGUUCUUGGGUUUACACCCCUCAGAUUUACCCAGGCGACUGUAGGAGAUAGAUUAUGCGAGAGAUGUGGUGUGUUUUGCUGUUUUCCAUGGGAGGCGAGUAAAGUCAUUUUCAGCUACUGAAAUAGAAGUCCGAUAAGAUCUCAAGAGGCCCAAGUGAGAAUUGAACAGAUCCAUCUCUAUAAAAAAAAAUGUGAACAAAUCUCAGUAAGCAUUAUGAGCACACAAACCUGAUUCCAUGGAUAUUUGAAAUCAUCCUAUUUUAAAAAUUUGACCUGAAGAGGGGAACAGAAAGGACAUCAGGAGUUUUUAGCCUCUUUAGUUUUCCAAAGAAUCACUUUGUCUUCAUGGUGUUAAUGGCUAGCAUAAACCAUUCGGCUUCUUGUCUUGGUCUAUGUGCCUUAUAGUUGGAGAAAACAGUCACCGACAUGAUGAAUAAAGUUGACAGGGAUCAUGUCUUGGCUGUAAAAUCUAAAAUGAUGUUUCCUUUUGCACUCUCAGAGAUUAUCUUUCUUAAUGGAGUUUUUAAGCUAACUUGCGCCAUGCCUGUGCAAAAUUGAUACCUUGUUUUAUGCAAACCUUUCAAUGCUACACACCGUGUAGUAGUAUAGGUAUAGGUAGGUCUAAUCAUGUGACCUUAAGUUCACACAGGAUGUUUUCUUGACACUUGGACUUGAAUUAUGGUUGGGUUUCCCCACUGACCAGGUGACUGAGAGGUAGCAUUUUUAAACAGCUGGCUUAUUUCUUGCGGAUAACUUUGAAACCACUGACUUUAAGAUAAAUUUUUCUGUUUUUUCAAAUAGCACUAGCUGGCCUGUGUGCUGAGUGGCUUCGGCUUUACUAGAAUGUGGUUUAUUUGCGUGGUGGACUAAAUUUUUUGAUGUGACAUUUGUGUUAGGAAGGCACUUUCUUUUUUAAUGUCUGUGAUGAUAAAUUUCCUGUAGGCAUGGAUUUAUCCUAAUGUAAGAUUGUUUCUAAACCUAAAGAUUGUAGCAUGUCUUUACCAUUUAAGCUGCAUAUCAGGACUUAUGAAACUUCUCUAAGGCCGUGUUGGCAAAGAACUCCAUAGAGGUUUCUGUCUUACUGAGUGGCUUUAUGCAGAUGUCGGCUUUACUAACACUCAGCACAACUUACAGUAGCAUCAACAAAUUUAUAUCUUAAAAUAAUAUGCUGGGACACUUACAGACAUCGGAUUGAUAAUGAUUACAGAGGAUUUGUUGCUGCUGUGGAGGACCACAGAUGUACAUAGUAUGCUGUUACUGUAGAUAAUUUAAUAAUUAAAUCUCUUUCUUAUCAUUUUUAAGAUAUUGGCUUUAGGGUAUAAAAAUAAAAAAGCAAAUUGUACACGUUUUAGGAUGUCCUAAAUGACCUACUAACAAAGGAUCUGUACAGAGCAUGGCACAUGUUUCUUUGGUGACAAAGUAGACUUUCUAAACCUUUUAGUGUUGGGUAUGUGAUUGAAGUUUAUGGAUAUAUUGAUGGGGUUUUGUAAAAAUAUGAAAUGAAAGGAAACAAACAACAAUUAUCAGGUGGAAAAUUGUAGGAAAUAGAUAUGGUUGAGAAGGUUGAGAGACCCUGUUGACGUCUUUUAUUUUAUUCAACCUUUAAUAUUUGCAACACACUGAACCCUAUAAGCCAAGGUUCCAUCUUGUCACAUGAUCAUGCAGGCCAUUGGUUCAGUCUUUUUUCCCCCUCUUUUUUUUAUUAUUUUUUUAUUGUUACAUUAUUUUGGACAGAGCAGUUCACCCCAUCUAUGCAGGCCUGAGCUCCUGAUUUUAAAGCGAGGCCUAGUGACUGAGAGAACACCUUAUUUUGCAUUUUACACAAGUAUUUUGUUUUUCCUUUCCUGUGCCUUCAGUGAAAUCUCACUCUUUCAUCUCUGUGCAGACUAACAGCACUGCAACUAGUUGUCUGGGCUCAAAUUUUUGUGAGCUAAGCCAAGAAACACACAAGCAUAGAAGUAGAAAUAGCGAGCUUUUGUUGAUACACAGUCUCUUACAGCU